AUGUUGGUUUCAUUGUUGAUUUGCGACGUGUGAAACGAAUCUGAUUAAAUUAAGGCUUUUAGUGCAUUAGACGGUUCUGUUACCUGUGCUAGUGUUGUGGAGUUUUGAUCUUAGACGCUGAUCUUUAAUUUACUUCGCAUUGCUUCGACCUAGUUUUACGAUUCACUGGUUUCCUCCUCUGCAUUUUUCUAUGCAUUCCACGGCUAGGUAUUGCGAUGACUGAUGAACAUUAUCUAGGUUGACAACUCACGAUUAUUGUUGUUCUAAGAACACUGCGCUUGCUAUUGUUCAAGUUUGGAAAGAAAACUGAAAGGAAUUGUGGUUCUGUGGAGAAAAAUAGGGGAUACAAAAUGAUUGGAUCCUUUCUUACGUGGGCGCUUGCGAUGAUCUUUGGCUAUGCUUAUCCAGCCUAUGAAUGUUAUAAAGCGGUUGAAAAGAAUAAACCGGAAAUUGAACAGCUCCGCUUUUGGUGCCAGUAUUGGAUCUUGGUGGCCGUUUUAACAGUAUGUGAGAGGGUUGGAGAUACUUUUAUAUCAUGGGUCCCAAUGUACAGUGAAGCUAAGUUGGCAUUUUUCAUAUUUCUUUGGUAUCCCAAAACUAAGGGAACAACAUAUGUGUAUGACUCCUUCUUCAGACCAUAUGUUGCCAAACAUGAGACAGAGAUUGAUCGCAACUUGUUGGAACUGAGGACAAGGGCAGGGGACAUUGCAGUUUUGUAUUGGCAAAGAGCUUUCAGUUAUGGUCAGACUAGAAUAUAUGACAUUUUUCAAUUUGUUGCUGCACAAUCGACUCCAGCACCUCGACCUGCUCAGCAACGCCCAGGUGUGAAGGUCCGUCAACCAGCACCUCCAAAUCACCAACCAGCUGCUGCAACGGAACCACAAGUUGAGGAGCCUCCAUCCCCUACCUCUAGCACAUCUUCGAGUCAGCUCCAGAAGGAAGUAGCAGAGGAAUUGGAUUCUCCAAAAGUUCCCAAAGCAGCCACAUCUGCAACAGGUUUAAGUACUCAGAAAUCGGGUGGAGCUGGUUUGAGUACUCAAAAGUCUGGUGGUACUGGUUUGAGUACUCAGAAGUCUGCUGGAGCUGCUUUGAGUACUCAGAAGUCUGCUGGAGCUGCUUUGAGCACUCAAAAGUCUAAUGUUGCGCCUGAAACAAGCAUUCAGUCUGCACCAGCAGAGUCGGACGCAAAGCAGGUCGAAGCAGGAGCACCAUCUUCAUCUUCUUCAGUUAAUGAAAAUGGGAAUCCUCCUACUCCUACCAAAGAAACCAUAAUGGAAGAAAGCAUUCGGUUAACACGUGGCAGACUAAGAAAAACCCGAUCAGCAGGAACUCGCUAGCACGCUGAAUAUUGUCAAAUUUUAGCAUGAAAUAGGAAGUAGGUGGACGAUGAUGAGCAUUGAAUUGUUGUAGAACUUAAUGUAAAUCUGUUUUCCCAAGUUUCCAUUCCAUUUGUUGCUUCAUUUUAUAUAUUUUUUUUUAUCAAUUGUGGUGGCAUGGAAGCAUUGUAGCCUGAUGUCAUUAUAUGGACUUAGUUUCCAUCGAGAUGUUUGCAUCGGCUGCUUUUGUAUAGCUGGUCUUCAUGUUGGUGUAACAGUAUUACCAAGUUUUUCAUUACAGGGAAGGCAGAAUAAUUUCAUUAA